AUGUACUCGGCCCCCUAUGGCUACCCAAAUGCUUCGGGUGGCCCAUCCUUUAACGGCGCCCCACCCCCUCAGAAUCCGCACAUGCAGCCUGGUCCAUCCCCGAACCAGACCCAGCAGAUGAUGUAUAACACGCAGCAGUUCCCCAUGGGCGGACCCCAGGGCCCUCACUUCCCUGGCGCUCCGAAUCCAGCCAUGAUGGGAGGUGCUGGCCUGGGAGGAGUCAUGCCGAGUACCGCCAUGCAUCCUAUGGCGGCUGCCAAUGGUCAGAUGGCAUACCAGACGCCAUACUCAGGCUCGCCAUACGGGCCUGCGAUCCCGUCCUCGGCGCCGCCUCAGCCGCAGCUCCCCGCAAACUACAUGAUGUCCAACUCAAUAGGACAAUUCCAGAUGAACCAGAUGAUGCCCCAGCAGCAGCAGCAGCAGCAGCAUCAGCAGCAUCAGCAGCAGCAACAGCAACGGCUACAACAAAAUGAGCAACAACAGAAUCAGCAACAUCAGCAACACCAGCAGCAAAUUAUGCAGCGUAUCCAAAACCAACAGAACAUGUCCAUCUCGACUCCUCAACGCCCCUUCAACACAGGACAAGGUACCCCGAAUAGCUCAAUGCCCCCCCAACAGCCAGGACAAAUUUCUACCCCACAAGGCCACAGUACACCCCAAAGUCAGACUCCAACCACGGCUCAGCCGAUGAGCGCCUCCGGAGCAACCCCACAGACACCUACGUUUCCAUCUACAGGGCAGCAGGUGCAACUGAACGGCACAUCUGGGGCCAUGACUCCGCAGAGUCCUGGCACAGAGUCAAGGGAUAAGGAGAGAUUCUCAGUCCUCUUGGAAAUUAACCAGGAGCUUCUAUACGAAUCAGUAUCGUUGGUCAAUCAUCGAGCUGAGCUGAAGAAAGAGCAGGCAGCCGGGGAGGUUGGUGAGGUAAAAAAUGGCGAAGUAGACUAUGUGGAGGAGGAAAGGCUGUCAACACAGGACUAUGCGCAGUGUAUGCGCAGGUUACAGGCAAAUCUGACGUAUUUGGCCGCGCUAGCCGACCGCAAACCAUCGGUGCAGGUCCCGCCUUGCCCCGCCUACCUAAUGCCCCCUCCAUUGAAUCUUAACAUCAGGCUCCGUGUACCUCAAAGCACACCGGACGACUCUACCGAGCCGUCAAUCAACCCGAGCGUGGAUCGACCGGAUAGAGACAAGCUCAUGAAGGACUUGUACAGGAAACUCCAAGCCCUGUUCCCCGGCAUUGAUCCGAGGAAGGAGCCUGCUGCCCAAAUGCCCAACACCAGGGCCCCACCAGGACAGCACCCAAGCCAAAUGGCAAUGAAGGCGCCGAACGGCCAAAUUCCAGGACCUAAUGGCAGCCCUGGUCCUGGCGCGCAGGCUCAGAGGACUCCCCAGAUGACAAAUUCCGCCGCACCGAUGCUGCAGUCCUAG